GCCUGCAUUCACACUCAAAAUAAUCACAAUCCUUGCACACAAACACACACAAACACGCACACACAAAUAGCACAAACACCUGCCUGUGGAACUCGCUGAGGUAAUGUAGGAGGGAAAAGCAUUCCUCAACCCUUUCUUUUUCUCCCCUCCCCUCACAGCGUUUCAUGUCUUUUCAGAGGUAAACGCACUCUUUCUGUACUAUUGGUGUCAUGUUAGUUGCCUUGGCUGGAUACUCGUGUUGCCUCCUCAUUCUUCAGGCUGUUGUGAUGUGUUUUUGGAUGACACAACUUCUGUACUUCUGCUCAGCUGGCCUCGGCUAACAGAUGAGGACUGGUUCCCCAGUGAUGCGUGAAGGUCCGGCAGCCGUGUUGCCUGUUCAGCAGCAGCCUAACAGGCAUAUUAACCCCCAGGCCGUGGCUGUCUGUUUGACCUGCAAAGUCGAGUUCCCCUCCUGACUCAAAACUUCAGCAGAAAACUAGGAACCAUGUCUGAACCUGUUCCUCUUCUACCCUGUCCUCUGGAUCCCCUGGCCAGUCAGGUUCAAAGAUGGAAGAAGCUGGAGAUGGACAUCAGUUCCACCUGUAAUACAUCUAAACUUGACCUAAAGCAGAAUGGACACUGUGAAAGCAGCCAGAGUUCAGACAUAGUUCUAGGGACAGGUCAGGACAUGGGUUGUUCUCCACAUUGUGAAGCCAUAUCACCUCAACAGCAAGAAGGGAGGCACACAGAGAACUCCUCAUCCGAUGACGUUCCUCCUACCACUCUACCAGCUCUGGAUAAAAGUAUUUGCAACUACCAGCCAAUGUCUGUGAACGCAUCAGAGGACUGUUCAAUAGAUCUGCUAAGAAUAGUGAAGCACAAGCCAAGUGCCAUUGUGUUCUGUGACUAUGAUUGCAGCUCUGACAACCAGGUGAUCUUUGCAAAUGAGAGCUCUGACGGCGGGGAGUCCUCUUCAUCCACCACUGAAGUGGGAGAGGGUAACAACGACGAUGAGGAGGAUGACGUCCCCGAGACGUUACAAUAUAAGGAAUUCCUGGUCAGUCGUCACCGUAGAAACUUCAGCAGGAACAGGAAGGGCUUGAGGAAGAGGCCGGAUGCCCAGCCUAACAGCACCGCAUCUGGCUGGCAGAAGCCCACCAACGAGGGCAAACCUGAGUUCACAGGUAGUCAGGAGGAACAGGAUACCCUGCAGAACAAUGGAAAACAGGCUGCUGCGUGUGAAUCUAUGACCCUGCUGAUGAAAAAGUUGGAUCACCUCAAUGGGGGGAUCCAGGAAAACAUGAAUUGCCCCCACGCAGACGGGGUCAGCGCUGACGAGGAGCAGCAGAACGCUGCAAUGCCUCAUUAUGCUUACCAAGUGUAA